AUGAAAAUAUAUCGAUCCAGCUUACAUCGAUAUAAUCAUCGACAACGGAGAAUGUUUCUAAUAGUUUUUGUCACCAUAUUUAAUUUUGGUGUUGGAUUAUAUUUAACAUUUUCUCUUACUCAAAUUGGUGAAAAAGAAUUUACAACAAAACCGGUUGUUAGUCAAUCAAAGGAAAUGAAAAAAAUGCAAACGCUAAUACCAAAAACAUCAACAAUUUCAAGACAAAGAUCAAUAAAACAAAAUUAUCAAAAUUAUUUUAGAAUUGAUUAUACAAUUCAUGAAUCUGUAUGUAAACCAAAUCAUAUGUUUAAUACAAGUAGAACAAUUGAAUCUCUGGAAUACUUAACAAAUUUAAAACUUAAUACGAUUACUCGAAAUAUAACUAUAGAUAUUGAUAUUAUUUCAAUUAAUGUAAUAAUUAGAAAAAUUGAUAAAAUCAACGAAAAUUCUUCACAUAAAUCCAGAAAAACAGUUUGUAAUUAUGUUCUUCAAUUAUAUAUUGGUUUUGACUUUCCUUCAUAUUGUAAUGAUGUUUGUCAAUCAGAAGAAAUUCAACGGUUAACCUUCCGUUCUCGACCAUUUGGUAAUCCAGUCGAUUCUUCAUUUUCAUUUACUUUAUUUUCUUCAAAGUCAUCUGGAGCAGGGACUAAAUUUAAGAUUCAACAAGUUUUAAUUUAUCGAAGUUCAAUUUAUUUCAAUAAAACAGUUCAUAUUCGUUCAUUUAAUGAAGUUCGUUAUUUAUCAGCAUUAAUACUUGACUCAUCUGCUUCUCAAACAUCAAUAACAAUGUCACAAAUAGAUCGAAGUUUAUUUUUAAUUACAAAUGCUUUAUAUGAAAAAUCAUUUGAAAAUGAUUGUUCAACUAUUUAUAUAUCAAUUUUAACAGCACCAGGACAUAGUACAUAUUUACGUCAUGAAAAUGGACGAAUUAAAUUAGGAAAAAAUGAUCAAUCAACUUUAUUUGAACAAGAUGCAACAUUUAAAUUAAUAACAAGUAAAAUAAAUAAAGAUAUGGUAGUAUUUCAAUCAAUAAAUGUUCCUGACUCAUAUAUAGCUAUUGACACAGAAACAAAAGCAGCUUUGAUGUUAACACAUCUUGAUACAAAUUCACUCAAUAUUGAUUCUUUAGAGAAACGAUUUUUAUUUAAAUUAAAUUUUAAUGCAUAG